AUGCAUAAUGAAUAAUGAAUAAAGAUAAGGAUAAAUUUAAUAAUUAGGAUCGAUAAAUAUGGCAUAUGGCACAAGAUGGGAAGGAUACUUUGUAGGAAGAGAUGGCGUGGUCAACUAGGUCCAGAGUUAGUUCAUUUCUCGGAUCAGAAGUAGGUGUUAUGGGUUCAUUAUUCCAUUGGGACACUUGUUGGAGGACAGUACCCUUUUCUGUUCCAACCAAUUCCUCUUCUGCGGUUUCCUCAAGAACAAGGCCAUGGCCAAAAUUUAUGAAUUGGGCAAGAAUGGAUUCUUGCUAUGCAGCAGCAUCGUUCAAGGAGAAACAAUCAGAAAACAAGGAUACUGAUGUGCGGAAUAUGGCUGAAGCUGGUGGUGAGCAUGCGUUAUUUGGGUUGAUGAAACAAAGGUUUCUGAGUUUCAAGAACCACAAAUACAUGAAAGAGUUGGAGCAUUUCCAAGCAUUGUCUAAAGCUCAAUAUCCAAAGUUUAUGGUGAUUGCUUGUGCAGACUCUAGGGUAUGUCCUUCAAAUAUAUUAGGAUUCCAACCUGGAGAAGCCUUUAUGAUACGCAACAUUGCUAAUCUUGUACCUCUAAUGAAGAAUGGACCAUCAGAGUGUAAUGCUGCUCUUGAGUUUGCAGUUACUACUCUAGAGGUAGAGAAUAUAUUAGUCAUUGGUCAUAGUAGCUGUGCAGGAAUUGAAAACCUGAUGAAAAUUCAAGAAGAUGUAGAAUCAAGAAGCUUCAUAAACAAGUGGGUGACCAAUGGGAAUGUUGCAAAAUUGAGGACAAAAGCAGCCACAGCUCAUCUUAGCUUCGCUCAGCAAUGCAGAUUCUGUGAGAAGGAAUCUAUAAACCAGUCAUUGUUGAACAUGCUCAGUUAUCCAUGGAUAGAAGAUAAAGUGAGAAGUGGGUUACUUUCUCUUCAUGGAGGGUACUAUAAUUUCUCGAGUUGCACGUUUGAGAAGUGGACCCUUGAUUUUAAUGGAUGCACUGUCAAUGAAGAAAGCAGUAGUUAUGCUAUCAAAGAACAAGAAUUCUGGUCCUGACUGUGCUGCGCUUUAUUUCAUAGACGUGCAGGACUGGCACCUCUAUACACACUAUACUAUUACCAAUGGGGGCCUCAGAAGGAUGGAGGGUUAUAUAAUUAAUAUGAGAAUAAAUCAAUAAAAUUUCGGUAGAAUGCUAGUAUAUACAUGCAAAUUUGCAAACAAAUUAAAUGAAUGAUUUUUACACUUA